GUAUUAGUGGAGGUCGACGACUCGUUUGAGCAUAUACAGCUUACCGUGUUCGACACUCUAUUCCACUCUGCUUGCUGUUCCACACGCCAGCGAUUGACAGCUUGUAGGCCGUCUACUUCAGCGGCAUCGGCAAAUUCAUGAAAUCGGGCAAGAUAAGUGUGACCCAUUUGGAACAAGAGAACAUUAUCCAAGAUUUGGAGACACAACAGAUAUAAUUUGGAGAGGAGACGAAACAUCAUCUGGAGGCUGCUGAUAUAAGGUGGUCAGACUUGAGGCGGAAUCAGACUGCUCGAGGGCUCAUUUCAGCCAUGUUUAGUAUAUGGAACGUGGAGAAAAGCAUAAGCGACUUCCACAGCAUGCCACACCAUGACCAGCGCUAUGUCGUUUGAUAUUGAUCCAGAAUAUCGCAUCGAUGAUUUGUGCAAAAUGGUCUUGGGAAAGUCAGAGUAUCAGCAGGCGAGUGGUCGUGAUUUAGAUGGGCUCACUCCCGGCACUACAUCUACUGUCAAAACCGCCGCCUCGAAAUAUGGCAAGGCACUAAUACACAAACUGGAAUUGCUCAAGGACACUCGAUUCUCCCACUGGCGUCACGAGUUCAUCGUCCUUACUCUGACUUAUGCAAAUGAAACGCAUCUGCUUUACUUGGAACAUUCUUGGCAUGGCACAGGACUAGGAGAACGAAUACCUGUGACUCUUAGCAGUCUUGUUGGCAGUCAGAAAGGCAGCGCAGAUGAAGCAAUGUUCUAUAAACCAAAUGACCCCCAUGAAAACCAUCGGAGGAAAUGCACCAUGACUGUCCUCGAAAUCCAGUUUUCUGAUCAUAGCCCUGGAGUCACUCUUCAUUUUAUUGCUCGGAUUCUAAGGCAAAUUGGGACGAAACAUAAAGCCUAUGCGUUAUUCAGCGCCAACUGUUGGGCUUGGUCUCGAGGCAUUGUUAUGGCCAUUGCCAUAGAUUCUAGUAGUAACGUCGAGAUAGUGACCAUGUCAGGGAGGGAUGUAACAUUGGACCAGCUCAAAAUUUACCUGUUGACCGAGUAUGGUGCGUUUGGCGGUCUGCUCUUGCAUUGCAUAGAGAAAGGGAGGCAUGACCUACGUUGGCACGAGUAUUGUACUCUGCGAUGUGUUUGCUUCCUUUGUGGCUUCAUUGGUCUCGGACUUUGGUUCAGACAUGUCAUUUUCGGUCCUCUCAACUGGGCACUACGCAUCAAGGAACUUUGCAUUUACAAGGACCGGACAGCCAACACGAAUGGUCAAGACCACACAUACACUAUCCUGCCGCCCGACUUUACAGAUUUAAUCCCCACAUUCCCGGGCAUUGCCACACACCUUCUGGGAUACAAUUUCUGCGGGCCAAGUAAAUAUCUAUAUAUCCUGGUUCCCCCGAUUGCAACCUCUGGAGCAAGAGUCACAUCAGUCCAUAUAUUUAUCUAUGGCGCUGUGGAGUUAGAACCAGGCCAGGAACAGUUGGCCUCUAUUACCGAGAGCACUCUCAACAGAAUGGAAUGGUUUCGAUGUGCUAUUCUUCGCCAAACGCAGGACGGAAGACUCAUCGAGGUCUCUGAACCCGCUUGCUUUCCACUCAGUGUACAGUUUCGGAACGAAUCGGGGAGGCGAUCGUACGGCGCUGUACAUGUCAUGGAACAUCAUCACCCAUUGACUCUGGGGUUACGUCAAGGGGACUCGAUAGCAAUAUGGGCCCUCGGAAGAGCUGGCUUUAUCCACAAACCAGCAGGCGCAUGGAUUAAGGUAGGUCACUUCAUAUGCAAAUACUUACUGGCGUGAACGAGAGGACACACAUUUAGGUCGUGACAAAUCACCGGCUCGGAUUUUUGGAUUGGCUGGUUGUGACCAACGUGGCGAGAACGAUUGCGGGACUUAUCAUAUACCCUCGCGGUC